AGCCCCUUUCGUCCACCCUAUGAUGGUCCAUUCCGGGUGCUGGAAACAGGACAAAUUUUUUGUCCUCGACAUCGGGGGCAAGCGAGACCGGGUGUCAGUGAACCGCCUUAAACCCUCUCACUUGGACUUGGACUCUCCGGUGGUGAUUGCCCAGCCCCCACGGCGGAGCCGUCCUCCAUCUACCGCGCUUCCACAGUCAACGAACCCUGAACUUCCUGUUCCUGCGGCCCAGUGCCUGAUGGCCAGAGCAAGUUUGGCCGAGCACUGCGCCCACCUCACCGGAUGAACUUGUCUGUCUUUGUGAAUUCUGGGGGGGCAUGUGUAGGGUCACCACGUUGUACAUAAUUCACAGCCAGCCAUUACGUGUUUACUUGAAUGGUAUUGUUGCAGUCACAGCCUGCGCUUUUAUCUGUUGAGUUGUUGUGUACUGUUUACUUUAUCGUGUUCUGAUGAUGUUGAGUGGCGCAACUUGUGUGUAACUUUAAACUGACAUGCGAACAAGUUACGAGGAUUAAAGUCUCCCUGAGUUCAGGCUUUUAAACCUAUUUGCAGUAUCCGUGUCUCCCCAUAGUGUCGACUCCUUUACAGUGUUCACCACUCUAGUUCACCCAAAACAAACCAGAAAAGGGACUCAAAGUGCUAAAUACCGGAAUUAUCCUUUAACUCAGAGUUAUAGGCAUGAUGUCUGUCUUUGAAGGCGUAGUGAAUUUGAAGCUUAGUUUUUCUGAAUUUACAUUAGCUUUCCUGCAUUCUCUCUUCUGGUUUGCUACAGUUGGGAUAUUCUGCCAUGGUGCUUUGGGUUUGCUGGAAAUAAACCCAGCAUAGAACGAUCAUGGAAUCAAGAUAGCAAGUUGCAAAUCCAAGUGUCAUAUAGGCCAGAGUGAGGGAUUUAAAUUUCACACUAGCUAAAUGAAUGAAGAGUAACUAACAGAGGAGUUCCAUGUGCUGCUGCAGACGUGCUGCUGCAUUCAGAGACAUGUGUAAUGAUCUCACUAUGUAAUCAGGUUGGCCAGCUAAUAAUGCAUGUGUCACCAAAACCAUGCCUGCACAAGAGGUUGUGUGGUAUAUUGUGUUAUGGCCUGAUCUUCUGAAUAUUGUAUAGGAUAAACCAAUGUGACUGGGACUUCAUGUUACGAAAAAUGUUGUUGGUCAUCAAUUGUGACCCAACAUGCCGUUUUAGCAGGGAUCAAUGAAGAUGAGCCAACCUGGACACGGAUCUGUUGGGAAAUAGCUUAGUUUAGAAUACCAGUAUCUCAGUUUUUGGAGAGAUUGAGUUGAGGUUGCCGAUCUUUCACCCAGACUAAAACACCCCUAAGGCAUGGAAAAUUGUAGUGACCAGGGAAGACAGAAAGUUGAGCAUAAUCUAGGCAAAUUCAUGGGAGUGAAUGAUCUCACCUAAGGAAAUGUAAAUGGAGAACAGGAGUGGACCAAGAAUUGAUCCCUGAGGUGCACCUGUGGUGUUGUCACGAGACUUUGAUACUUAUCCUUGCCAAGACACACUGAAGGAACAGCCUUUGAGGUAGGAUGCAAACCAAUUAAGAGCUUUCUAGAUCUUUUCAAAUAUAAUGUGCAGAUUAUGUUUAUAAUAUAGAGGUAGGCCUACUUAAUCAUGCAGGACAAUGACUCACUCAAUAAACAUAAAGAUAUUAUUUAACAUUCUUUAAAUGUUUUUUUAAAGCAGGAUUUAUUUUGCAAAUCAGUUUAGUAUGAUCCUUGAAGUACAUGGUUUUGUUUGGUAAAAGGAUCACAGGAUUCCCCUCUUGUCUUUCCUGAGCUGACCUCAUCCUAAAGGUUUCAGUGGGGAGCCAUGUGGUGGCCCACUGAAACCACUUCAAAUCCUAUUAAGGGUUUCCAUAGGUGAUCCAAAGCACAAGCUUUAAGGGCGCUUCAUAAGAGGGUUUUGGUGGGAGCCGUCUCAGAGGGGAUUCUUCUCUCUACUCAGAGGAGGCUAGCUUGUGUGCACAUGACAAAGCAUCAAUCUCACUCGACCCACUGAGGAGAGCACCUCUUGGAAUUCCAGCCCAGUGCUUCCCCACUGACCACAACUCAUCUGUGACAGCAUGCACCUGUUUGUGGGCUCACAUUGAAUGGUACAGUCCAACGCCUACCCCAUCCUCAUGGUUCCUCCUGGGCCAGAUGGCUAUCCUGAGAAUCCUAUUAUCAACUUCUCCUGGUGGCACACACUUCUCCUUGGAAUCACACCGAUUUCUUUUCUACUCAGAGGGAUUUAAAAACGAUUUAAUUUUAUCUCAUCGAUCUGGUCCUCCCCUUGAUCCAAUGUCAGUGCAUUCAACAUGUCAGCAGAAAAGGAUCUGAAGAAGCCUAAAAAGAAAAAGCAAGAAGCUGAUUCAGCAAAGACCAGCGGUGCAGAUGCCAAACCAAAGAAGCCAAAAGCCAAGAAGACUGAAGAAGUCUCAGACGAAGAAGGCAGCACACCUUCAAAAAAUGGAAAAAAAGUGAAGAAAAAGAAACCUGAGAAGGAUAAAGAGGAAACAGGAGAAAAGGACACAAAGAAGAAAGCCAAAAGUGUGCCCAAAAAGAAAUUAAGUUUAGAUGCAGAAGAUAAUAAUGAUGAUGAUGGUGGUCAAAAAACAACCAAGAAAAAAAUCACAAAGGAGAGUUCCCUCUCUGUUGCCAAGGAUAAGAAGUCAAAGGCCAAAGACACUAAAAGUGAGUCAGACACCAAAGAAAAGACUUCCAAGUCCAAAAAGCAGCCUGUUUCCAUGUUUCAAAUAAAUGGAGACAAACCACCUGUCCCAAAAAAGGAAGCUUCCAAGUCUGACGAUGAUGAAAGUGAAUCGGAGAAUAAACCUAGCAAAUCCAAAAAGAAGCCCCCUGCAAGUUCUGCCUCAAUGUUUCAAACUGGAGGGGACAAAGACAAGAGUAAAGACAGGAGCAAAGAGAAAGACAAGAGCAAAGACAAGGACAAGAGCAAAGACAAGGACAAUGACAAAAAGGGGAAGAAGAAGGCAAAAGCUGAUGACAGUGAUGAUGAGGGCACCGAGACGACUAAAAAAACAAAGGGCAAAGGCAAAAAAAGCAGAAAGGAGGAACGACCUCCAUCGCCUGAAAUAGAGUUUGAUGACCUGGAAGAAUUUGUUCUCCAGCCUGCUCCUGAAGGGGUCACUGUGAAAUGCAAAGUCACGCGGGACAAAAGGGGAAUGGACCGAGGCUUUUACCCCACAUACUUUAUACACCUGGACAAUGAAAAGAAGACUUUUUUGUUGGCUGGGAGGAAACGUAAGAAAAGCACAACCUCAAAUUACUUGAUAUCAAUAGAUGCCACUGAUUUGUCACGAGGAGGUGAAAAUUUUGUGGGGAAGUUGAGGUCAAAUCUUGUGGGCACCAAGUUCACUGUGUUUGAUAACGGUCUUAAUCCUGACCGAGCCCUCAGAGACAUGUCCAAUGCUCGGCAAGAGCUUGCAGCAAUUAUCUAUGAGACUAAUGUCCUGGGUUUCAAAGGCCCGAGAAAGAUGACUGUGGUCAUCCCUGGGAUGAACGAGGACAGUGAGCGAGUGCCAAUCCAGGCCCGCAAUGACUAUGAUGGGCUACUGAUGCGCUAUCAGAACAGGCAGAUGGACAACCUGAUAGAGCUGCACAACAAGACUCCUGUUUGGAAUGAUGACACUGCGUCUUACGUACUCAACUUCAAUGGUCGGGUCACGCAAGCUUCUGUGAAGAACUUUCAGAUCGUCCACAGCAAAGACAGCAGUUACAUUGUGAUGCAGUUUGGAAGAGUGGCUGAGGACAUCUUCACAUUGGAUUAUAACUACCCCAUGUGCGCUGUUCAAGCCUUUGCCAUCGCUCUGUCCAGUUUUGAUGGGAAACUGGCCUGUGAAUAGACUUUGAUUACAGUUUUUUUUUAGCCCAAACAAACUUAAAAGGACAAAAACAAGAAUCACCCCAUCUCAGAUGAUCAACUUCAUGGAGUGUAUGCACCUCCAGUAUAAGGGCCAUACUUUUCAUUCAUCUCAUGAGGGCAUAUUGACUCUGAUGAUUAAGUGUCUUCCAGGCGUGUGGUACUGUAGCCUUCAACCGAAUGGUUUAACAUGAAUUUGAUCAACAUUACUAAUUGAGCCACCAGACUCAUUAUUAUUUCACAGUAUAUUACCGUAGUCUUAUGUCAGAGCAUAUUAGUCUUAAUACAAUCUUCCAGAUUAUAGUAGAAUCUGAUUUACACAAUUGUUGCCCUAAAACACAGUGAUAAUAUUGGUGUACAUGUGCAAUCAUGUACUAUUUCUUUACCUCUUCAACAACUUUGUGCUGUGGUUUCUAUUCAAGUAAUUUUUCACUGAAAAAAAAAAAAAAAACGAUUUAUGAUAUUAGUGUAGGAUAACCUUGUAUACUCCAAAUGUAGUGUUCAUUAGCAUUAGUAAUUGACAGCAACAAUUUGAGUGGGAAUUGUUACUUUGUCUUGUUUCAACAUGCCUUUACUUUAUUUUGCUUUAGCCUUCUUUUCAUGGUGACUUACUGUGUAAUUUGACAGUUGCUCAUUUCUCCCAGUGAAGUCUACAGUAGGCUACAGCUGGGUCUACGGGACAAGGUUUAACGUGUUUUGAUGUAUUUUUAUGUGUCACAUUGGAUGUGUCUUGUUUUGAA